AUUGUCGUGAUACAAAGUUCAUAGUUACUAUCGUUGUGAAGAAUUGAAAUCGUGUAUUUUGGUUAAACAUAACGGAUUAUCGAAAGGCAAUGGAUUCUAAACUGAUAAUCACUUGUAUUUUGAUUGUGUGCUUAUCGUUUGGUGUUGGUGGUACGCCACCCCGAGACUCACGCGAUAUUCAUAACAAAGAGAUCGUUGGCCAAGCAUCCAAUAUCAUCACAUCGAAACUGCUGAAAGGUAGUAUCGAUAGCAACAAAAACAGCGUUUUUUCACCAUUCGGCUAUGCAACCAUACUGGCCAUUUUGGAAGAAGGUGCUACCGAUGAUACACAAAAUGAUAUUAAAGCCGUUCUAAAGCAUCCCAAUGAUCGAGCACUCAUUCGAGGUGCAUAUCGAUCAGUUUUGUCACAUUUUCAAGGCUUAGAUCCAGAAAUAGCCCCUCAAUUCCGCACCUGGUUCUAUAUAUACAAAAACAACACGGCUGAUGAAUCUUUCAAACAAAUACUGCAAAAAGAUUACUACGUCACUGUGAAAGAUGUGGAGCCAUUGAAUUUCGAUGAAGAGGAAGCAACACAACCAAUUUCCAAACCAGCCGAAGAACAAGAUGCAUCCAAGACAUCGGAUGAACAAGUUACACCAACCAAUAGUAAAGACGUCGUUGAAUUUGAUUCAUACAAAAUGGAAGGUGGCUCAUUUGAUGAAACGCGAAUCGACGGCCAAAAAGAUGCAUCGAAAUUUGACGAAGUGGUUGAAGAUCGACAAUAUGUUGAGGUUCCGGUUAUUAAAAACGAAUUGCAACAAAUAACCAAAAAUGAAGAAGGAGAAAAUGCAAAAUCUGAAGAAGCCAUUUCAUCGUCAAAUAAGGAGGCGCAAGAAAAGAUAAUGCAUUUGCCUUUCAAACAAUACGAAGAAAUGGAAAUCAUGCAAGCCGAAGAGAGUCGUUCAGGCAAAGCUUUUGGCGGAAAAUACGGCGAAGGCGCUUCAAUUAUUAGUGGCAACUCAAUCGUUGGUGAAAAAGAGAAUUUCACGGAAAAGGACACAUACAAAUUCGAACCGAAAAUGUUGCUAUUCAACGGAUUGUAUUACCAUGGACAAUGGGCCACUCCAUUCCAAAAUUUGCGAGAUGAAAACAUUCAAAAUAUAUUCUAUUCGUUGGAUGAUGAGAAAGUGCCGAUAAAAAUGAUGCGAGCUCAUGGAUACUUCCGAACGGGAAUUGUUCCAAAGUACAACAGUGAAGCCAUCGAACUUCCAUACGAUAACAUUCGAUACUCCAUGCUGCUGAUAAUGCCACAAGGUCCAGACGGUUUGAAAAAACUGAUUGACGAAUUCAAUACAAAUAGUAUAAACGAAAUUUCAACUGGUUUACAAGAAGAAUUGAUCAAUAUUGCUAUACCGAAAUUCGAAGUGCAAACAAAUAAUGGUGCAGAAAAGGUUUUGGUCAAAGAAGGUUUAGCGUCAUUGUUCACAUCAAAAGCGGAUCUCAGCGGCAUAUCCAAAGCGCAAAAACUGCGCGUCGGCGAACUUCAGCAACACGUUGUACUCACUGUUGAUGAACUCUCGACCGCCGAAAACUUUAUGACCGCAUCGAAUGUAGUACGAACAGAAGCGCCAGCAAACGAACGCUCCGUUAUCAUUAACCGACCGUUCUUGUUCUUUAUUCGCGAUCGCAUUGAUGAUGUCACCAUCAUUGCAGGCAAAAUCACAUCAUUGGAAGCUUUUGCCAUGGACGAACCCCAACUACCCAAUAACUAAUCUUCAACUUAUAUUUAUAACUUUGUGAUAAGGAAGGUUUAAACGGUCAAUUAUUUUUAUCUCCUAAGUUUAAUCCAAGCAAAUGAAUUGAAUUUACUUUAAUAAUAUAUAACUUCAUUCGAUAUUACAGAUACUUAAAACAAAAUGUAAUGACAAGUUGAAUAAAUGAAUACGACAUUUAAU